AUGCAGCUAAGAAGGAUAAGGUACGAUAUCAUCGGCCUGGCCGAGACGAGAAAACGCCACCCAUUCAGCGCCGUCUAUGAUACCGGAGAAAAACUGUUCCACGGAACAUGCAACAGUAGAGGAAUCGGCGGCGUCGGGGUUCUCGCCAACACGCAUUUGUGCAUGAACAUCGAUUCAUUCGAACACCUUACAACCCGAAUCGGACGCUUACGAUUAAAAAAAUGUGGAUCAACUCUGGCUUUCACAAUUCGCAUUGUUUACGCGCCAACAUCAAACUAUGACGAAGAAGAGGUCCGAGCAUUCUAUAUGGACUUGGAGAAGUUCUACAGAGAAAACCAUACAUUCUUCAAGGUCAUCAUUGGGGAUUUCAACGCCAAGAUUGGACCAAGGAGAACCUCUGAAGAACGUCACAUUGGGCACACGGAUCAGAAUGGAACGAACAAGGUGAGCGGCUCUGUGAGUUCAUCAUGA